AUUGGCAAGCGGAACAUUUCCGAAGCAAUCGGCAGGUUAUCUGAGUCGUAUAUAUCUUCUCAAUCCUCGCUGAAAGAUGUAUACCUAAAGCAAGGCUUUUACUUCAAAACCACCAUAGAUACACCCUCAGUGUAAUUCGACAACCCUGAACACCUCACUAGACAUAAUGUCCCUUGAAGCUGCGAUCCCACCCCAUCUCCGCACCACACGCUCCCAACCCCUCAACACUCCACCAUCCUACACACCUCCCGUUCCAGCUUAUACUGCCCGCUUCCCUCAAUCUACAAAGCAUCUCGUCAUCGCCAUUUACGGCGCCCAAACAAAAUCCCUCCCUGCCUCCUCCCUCCACCCUCUCCUCAAAUUCAUCCGUUCCACCCUUACUUCCGCCCCGGAACAUUGGGAUACCGCCUCUAGCACCGACAGUCUCGGCUAUCAAACCCACGUCGUCAUCGCAUACUGGCACAGCAGCACCGCGCACGCUGCAUGGUCUGCAGCGAGCGGCUUCGAGGCGUGGUGGGCCGACCUGCAACCCGGUCCAGUCGGCUGGUUCAAAGAGGUCUUCACCCCACCGAUUGACCGUGUCGAGACUGUGUUUUCGGACCGCGUAGUGCCUGAGGGCGUGGCGCAUAUGCGCGAGGACAUGAGUGGGGAGAUGCGCGAGCAUGUGUAUUGGGGCAGUAUGCGUGACCGGAUGCCCGUGGCACAGACGGAUGCGUUGGAAGGGGAGGUGCGAAAGGGGGAUGGACAUAUGGGAGAGGCGGAUGGUGAUGUAGACACGGCUGAGAGGCGGGUCCGGGUCCGGGGCCAGAGAAAUCUGUGCGUGAUACGAUCCGGGCAGGAUUGGUCUGAUACGAGGCCUGAGGAGCGCAAGCUGUAUCUCGAGACUAUGCAUCCUGUGCUCGAGAAGGGGAUGUGGUUUCUGCGCGACGAAGGAGGUGAGAUUGGAUGUCUUGAAAACAGGCUGAUGACUGUGCUCGACCCGGAGAAGUUGACUACGGGGACGGAUAAGACAUUUGGACUGGGAUAUUUUGACAGUAUGGAAAGUCUGGAGAAGUGGAGUCGGGAGCAUCCGACGCAUAUGGAGAUAUUUGGAGGGUUUCUUAAGUAUGUAAAGCAAUUGGACAACGAUUAUACCCUGAGGCUGUUCAAUGAGGUUCUGGUGUUGCAGCAGGAGCAACAAGAUUUUGAGUAUAUUGGGUGUCAUCCGAAGACUGGAAUGUUGAGUGUUGGUCCGGAGUCCUGGAUAUUAUGAGCUCUCAAAUAGGUGAUGUCAGAGCUGUCGUCUGGAAAAAGGGUUGACGACACAACUCUACAUGGUGAACAACUUGGUAGUCUGUUAUGUUCUUUGUGCAGACCAGUGGAUAGGUUGCGAGAUAAAGAAAUCACCAGGGACAUUAUCUCGUGGCAUUACUCAUGGUCCUCGUUUCUAGCUAAUAAGGUCGUGAACAAACACACUGGUAGGCCCGUGAAACAUCCGAUGCAAGAGGUAUACUGCUCAGAACAGA